UAAGAGAUAGUGGUCUGCAACAAGAGAACUAGAGACAGUGCUUCCCAAAACUGUGGAGGGUCUUUUAUACUCAUCCUAGACGAUUUUACGAUGAGUUUCUUAUUGCGGAGAAUGACAUUGUCAUUCUGCACGCUGUUCGGCUUGAGCAACUCUCAACAGUCUGUGCAACUUCACAACAAAGCUUGUCCACCACUAGAAACUGAAGUUUCCCUGAAGUUUUCACUGUUGAAAAUGCAGCUGUGGGGAGUCUCGAUGGUGUCACCCCCUCAUUUUGUACAACCAAACGGAUGGCAUGAGGAAACUUCCGUGCUUGGACAAUCAAAAGUGGCACAUGGCAGGGCUGUCACCGAGAGACAGAUGUCUUUCUCGGGAUAUUCCGUUAAUAAUGUGGUGCUACUCCAUUGGUGGUUGUGACCUGCAGCUGCAUGCUUCAUGUUACAAUUUUGUCUCUGUGACAGGGAUGGGAGCUGGGAUUCAUGACUGAUGCAGUGCAGUGCAUGAAUCUGCUCGUGGUAGGGAACAGCCACCCUUAAUUUUGAUAAUUGAUAAUAUAUUCGAGAUCAGUUUUAAUUUCUCUACUAUUCAAACCCGCAGUAGACUUACAUUGAAAUACAAGCACACUCACAUAACUGUC